AUGGAAGGGAAAAACCAUACCAGUGUGACAGAAUUCAUUUUCGUGGGCUUUAUGGAUGAUCCAGACCUCCAGAUCCCACUCUUUUUGUUGUUCCUUGGUAUUUACACCGUGACUGUAGUGGGCAACCUUGGGAUGAUUGUUUUAAUUCAAAUUGAUGCCCGACUUCAGACACCGAUGUACUUCUUUCUCAGUAACCUCUCAUUUGUAGAUUUUGUUUAUUCAUCUGCCAUCACUCCUAAGAUGCUGAUGACCUUUGUAUCUGAUAAAAGGACCAUUUCCUUCAUUGAGUGUGCCUUACAAUUUUAUUUUGUCUGUCUCUGUGUGACAAAUGAAUGCUGCCUUUUGGCUGUGAUGGCCUAUGACCGCUUUGUAGCUAUUUGUAGUCCACUGCUUUAUCACUCUGCAAUGUCUAAGAGACUUUGCAUCUUACUUGUUAUGGCAUCAUACAUUACUAGUAUUGUAAAUUCUACCACACAGGGUAUUUUUAUAUUUAGUUUGUCUUUCUGUGGCUCCAAUGUCAUUAAUCAUUUCUUCUGUGAUAUCCCUCCAAUCCUGAAGUUGUCUUGCUCUGAUAUUCACAACACAGAUCUUGUCCAUUUUACCUUUUCUUCCAUAAUUGUGAUGAGUACCAUACUAAUUAUCCUUGUCUCCUAUAUUUACAUUGUUGCCACCAUUCUGAAGAUCCGAUCUGUUGAGGGGAGACGCAAGGCUUUUUCGACCUGUGCUUCUCAUCUCACAGCUGUCAUGAUGUUCUAUGGGACUCUGAGCUUUAUGUAUUUGCGUCCCACUUCAGGUUAUACCAUGGCCCAGGACAAAGUCAUUUCUGUCUUUUACACACUUGUGAUUCCAAUGCUAAAUCCUUUGAUUUAUAGUUUAAGGAACAAAGAAGUAAAGGCAGCUGUGAAAAGGGCAAUAGACCGAAAGAUCAUCUCCCAAUGA